AUGCCGGGUCAGCAGUCGGGAGCUAGAGCUGAGGAGGCGGCAGGGGGAGUGGUGGACUUCCAAGCGGAAGAGGGAGGGGAGGGGGAGGAGGGCGCGGGUGCCGGCGGCGGAGCGGCGCAACAACAGCAGCAGCAGGAGCUUGCUCUUAUGCUGGACAGAUUUGGGGACUCUGAUGACGACGGUGAUGAAGGAAAGAAGCAUACGGCGGAGGGGGGGAUGAAGGAGCGGCACAAGGACGCCGCGGCGGAGGGUGGCCGGAAGAGCGGUGCUGGCGUGGGGGGGAGAGCUGUUCCCGACGAGGGGGAACCGGGCGGCAGUGACCGCCGCGGCCACGUCACCCCCCGGGCCGGGGAGCGGAUGGCAGGUCGUGGGAGUGGCGGCGGCGGCGCCCGGGGAGUGGCGGCGGCGGCAGCGAGGGUGAUAUCAGAAGGUAGCGGGCGAACGGAAGUGCAGCCACAGCCGCCACAGCUACAGCCGCAGUCGCAACACAAGAAGCCGCAACAGCAGGGAGAGGUCGCUGCGGUGCCGCCGGGAGCCCUCCCGCAGCAGCAGCAGCAGCCGCUAUCGGCCAGUCCCGUUGAUGACGACGACGCUGAUCAGGGGGUCACGAGGGCCAAACGGCCGCGGAAGCUGUUCGGGAGUGUGGUGGUGGGUAAGGGGGCAGUACGGGGCAUAGCGGCUUCCAAGUCUGCCGUACGGCGGGUGAGUGGCGCUGACGUGGCGUUGGUACCCCGGAAACCCCCGAGUAAGAGCGGCGGCGGCGACGGUGGUGAGGACAGGGAGGCGACGGACCCACUCGCUAGGUUCGGUGGCGGCAGUGACGACGACGGCGACGGCGAAGAAGUUUUCCGGGACGUGGACGAUUCGGAGGAGGUGGAGGGGCUGUUGGAAGCGGAUGGGGAGGAAAUCACGAGGGCCAUGAAACAGGGCCGGGGAAGGAAGGGCUCCGGGGGUGUGCGGGCGGAGGGGCGGCUGGGUGGGUCCGCCACCACUGCCACUGCCACUGCCACGGGAAGCUCCGAGGACUCGGGGAGGCGGGCUGCUGUGGGUCCGGAUCAUCGUCCCGCGGUGGUGAGCUUCCUGAACGAUGGCAGCGGCACCGUUAGUGAUGGCAACGGAGGUGACGGGGAUUCGCAAGCCGUCGUGGUUCGCUUCUGGCCACCUCCUUUGUUCGCCCCGCGCGCCUCCGUGACUUCAUCCAUUCCUGGUUGA